AUGCGUUCCUCAAUUAUCUUCCUUUCGGCUCUGGCUACUUCCGUCAUGGCUGAUAAUUCCACUGACACUUACACCUUCCCCGCUGGCUUCAACAUUGGUUUGGUGGACAGUGCCAACUUGAACUCCUACUGCUCUGCCCAGCGCAACACUUGCCCCCAAAUUUGCCAGCAAGGCACCAAGCUCAACUCGUGUGACCCGACCACCCUGAAGUUCAGCUGUGUCUGCAGCGAUGGUUCCACCCCCGAUGUGACCCCUUACUCGCAGACCGUUCCUUUCUUCGUCUGCCAGGAAACCUAUGUCCAGUGCAUCGCCUCGCACCCCAACGAUGCUGAUGGUCAGCGUGCCUGCAAGAAGGCCGCCGACUGUGGCUCCAAGAACGCAAGUGCGGUGACCACCACCGCUUCUACUUCCACCAUGUCUUCGACCACUCUGGCCUUGGCCACUGCGACCGAGUCUUCCAGCUCCGAAACUUCCUCCGUGGCUCCUGCCAGCACUACCACUAACGCCGCUGUCGCUCUCGGUGACCUGACUCAGUACUCCACUGGUCUGAUGGCUGGUCUCAUGUUCGUUGCUGCGCGCAUGGUCCUGUAA